GCAAUUACUCGAUUUCGUGUCAAAUGAUCAGACAUCUCAGUACAGCAAAGUGCUGAUGUGUGCGUGAUUUUGUCACUUUACACUUAGCGUUGGUGUAGCUAAUAUCUCAAAAAAUGUCUGCGGGAAAAUUUUGGGAAACGAUGAAUCUUAUGAUUGGGAAAGAGUUCAGACGUACUGGGAGGGAAUUGAUGGAAGAUGUCGAAGACUGGGUGGAAAAAGUGGUAGUGAACAAGGAAUUGAGUCUUGAAGAGUUAGAAAAUAAUGUGAAUCAAAGUAAAAAUACUGACGCAAAAAAUUGGAAUUGUCUAGAGAGUGAAGACGAAGAUAAAGAAGUUGAGGAUUUCAUAAAAUCGAUCCAUUUACCAAAAAUAGAAUGCACAUUCAGUCAUCCUCAUGUGACGUCACGACUGGAAAAGCUAAUGGGUUCCAAUUUAGUUUCUUUAACAGACAGAGAUUACAUGCAAAAACUUCAAGAACGCAUUUUAGAAGAUUAUGCUGAGUCAAUGGACAAGAGGAUAAAAGUCCGUGAAAAUGAAGAAAUGGAACGAGUUAAAAAUUUGGUAUUGAGUGGAAGAAUUCCUUUACAUCAAGCACCUGAAAGUAUGGCUGAUCAUCCCAUCAUGAUGAUUGAAAGACAUUGCAAGAAGUUAAUAGCCGCUCGUCGAGCCAAAAUCAAAAUACCUAAAGUGCACAUUCCUACGCAUCUUUAUUCUGACGAUACACCCGAUCCACCUUCUGGGCUCUCGAUAGAAAACGGUCAUAUUUUCAGAAAACCAUAUGAAAAACUUUGCAAUCCAGUCAGUCGGUUCUUACCUGUUGAAGAAUUCCCAUUCUAUGAUUUCGAGGACUCGGAUAAUGAGGAAGAAGAAGAUGAAGAAGAAGGUGAAGGUGAAAUUGAUGACACAGUGCAGAAAAUAGUUGGAGGAGAAGCUGCUUUUGGUGGAAUUGGAGCUGAAGGUAUAGAGGAAGAAGAAGAAGAAGAAGUUACAGAUGCAUAUAUGUUCACACGUGCUGAAUAUGAUAGACUUAAAUACGAGAGUCCUCUAAUAAAACAACUAAGACGCUGCCAGACCGUGGAAGAAUUAUAUGCUUUAGCCGACGAAAUAAUUGGUAUUUUGAAGACUCUGGAACCUGACUCAGCCCCAGUUCGAGCUACAAGUGAAGACACACUUUUCUCGGUUGCAACAACAGUAACGCAAGACAAAACUUCCGCUUCUGCCGACAGAAGAAGUUCGCAAGGUUCACAAGCUCUCUCAAAUCGAGGAGACUAAUUAUUUUUUUAUUGUAAGUGUAAAAUAUUAAAUGUAGCGUCUUGUUCUGUUUUGUACCCAAAAUGUAAUUAAAUGUGAACUUGUC